AUGACGCGUACUUUUGUAACGCUGGUCUCGUUGACAUUGAUGUGUUGCCUCACCGAAUCUUCAUUUUUCGCACCGAUUGUUCAAAAACCGUUCACUUUAGAAGAAAUAGUGCCUCUACAAGCAGAUUUCUACCCAGAGCGAGUUCAAAUAGAGUGGAUCUCAGACACUGAGUACAUUGUUAGGGAGCAUCGAAAGGAUUUUAGAAAGUACGAUGCCCUCACUGACACAUUCGUGACGAUAUUGAAUGAAACGGAUUGGAACAACAUGCAACAUUAUGCAGUUACAUCGUACUCUAACGACCUUAAAUAUUUUUUACUCGCCACUAACGUUACGAAGGUAUAUCGAUACUCAGCUUUAGCUUACAUUUCGGUGUACGAUAUCGAAUUGAAGUCCAUUUCUAAAAUAGGACAAGGACCGACACAAGUGGCAGUGUGGGGGAGUGGAUGCGCUCUUGCCUAUGUUGAAAACAAUAACGUGUAUUAUGUUCCCAAUGUUACCCGACCCGAUAUAGUUGCUGCGCUAACAACCGACGGUAUCCCAGGGGAAUUGUAUAAUGGCGCUACGGAUUGGAUAUAUGAAGAGGAGGUCUUCAAUGCGGCAGAGGCUCUGUGGUUUUCACCCAACGGUACAUAUCUUGUGGUUGCUUCCUUCGAUGACCGACACGUGGAGUCGGCUAUAUACCCCUACUACGGCAGCACGAGUGAUCUCGACAACCAAUAUCCGCAGUUGAUUCAGUUCAAAUAUCCAAAGGUAGGCCGCACUAAUCCAGUUGUUAGCCUCCGUGUUUUCAAUUUAAACAACUUGACAAGCGAACCAUGUGUUAUACCCGCUCCAGUAGAUGUGAUUGGAUUGGAUCAUAUACUAGGCAGAGUGAAUUGGGCAACCGAUCAAAAUUUAAUUGUUCUGUGGCUGAACAGAAGACAAAACGUUAGCAUUCUGCUCAAUUGUGACCUGGUUGAAAACAAAUGCAGUAUAGUAAAGGAACAAACUGAAAGAAACGGCUGGGUUGAUAUCCAAGAAGCUUUCUUUAACAGCGCAGGUACGAAGAUGCUGGAAAUACAACCUUUGUUCUACAAUGAUCGGAGGUUUUUACACGCAGCUCGUUUCGAUUUGAACUCUUUGACAACUGAAGACCUCAGUCCUGGAAAUUCCACGGUCACGUCCAUUGUUGGGUGGAAUGAGGAAACGGAUACAAUGUACUAUAUUUUAUCGCCUUUUGAUCGGCCUUGGGAAAGGCAAUUGUGGUCUACAUCACAAGGAGUCGAUCGAUGCAUAUCCUGCAGAGAUGCCUCAUGUCAUAAUGUUGACGCCAUGUUUUCCCCCGGCGCUAGUUUUGGUAUAAUUUCUUGUAGUUCCAGUAAUAUGCCGCCAGUUACAUACUUGUACAACGGUCAGACGAAUGGCCUUAAAAUUAUCGUGUAUAACAAUGAAUUGAACGAAAAAUUACAACAAUAUAAACAUCCAAUGUCUCUUUUCAACUCUAUCUCGUUAGGUGAAGAUGUCGUGGCUCAUAUUAAUUUAAUGCUCCCACCCGAGAUGGAGGAGGGAAGGAAAUAUCCAAUGGUGUUGAGAGUGUACGCAGGUCCUGGCUCCACCAGGGUUAAGGAUGUCUUUAGUCUAGAGUACUACACCUCAUAUCUAUCGACUAAUAGAAGCUUUAUAGUGGCAUCAAUAGACGUAAGAGGAUCUGGUGUGAUGGGGGUGGAGGCAAUGCACGCCGUCAACAACGCACUGGGCACAGUUGAAAUAACCGACACUUUGGAUGCGCUAGAACGCUUGAUUGGUCUGUAUCCAUUCAUCGACCCGGAACGCAUCGGUGUAUGGGGCUGGAGCUACGGCGGUUACGCCACAACUAUGAUGCUGAUAAAAGAUGACAUCAAGUUGCUUGCCUGUGGCGCUGCCGUUGCGCCUGUUACAUCCUGGUUAUACUACGAUUCAAUAUACACUGAACGGUACAUGGACACGCCUCAAGCCAAUCCCCUCGGCUACAAGCAGUCUGAUCUGCUAGUCGCGGCCCAGAAACUUCGCGGCAGGCGCUACCUUCUCGUUCACGGCAGCGGCGACGACAAUGUGCAUUACCAACACAGCAUGCAGCUGGCCAAACAACUGCAGCACGCUGACAUUGCCUUCGAACAAUUGAGUUAUACCGACGAGAACCACUCGUUAGCGGGAGUGAGUCGACAUUUCUACCACGCACUUGAUCACUUCUGGACGGAAUGCUUCGAUUUAUAA